AUGCCGGAGGAGACGACGGCGAUUGAUUACGUCAUGGAGGCCGCCUCCGGCCCUCACUUUUCCGGCCUACGCCUCGACGGCCUUCUCUCCUCCUCUCCGCGCGCUUCUGGCGCCGUAACUCCAACGGUGUUUCCUCCUCCCUUAGCCGACGCCGUCACGCUCAAGCAGCCUUUCGUGAUCGGGGUUUCGGGAGGGACGGCGUCUGGGAAGACGACGGUUUGUGAUAUGAUCAUACAACAGCUUCAUGACCAUCGUGUAGUGCUCGUCAAUCAGGAUUCUUUUUACCGUGGUCUGACUCCUGAAGAGUUGGAGCAUGUGCAUGAGUACAAUUUUGAUCAUCCAGAUGCCUUUGACACGGAGCAGCUCCUUGAGUGUGUCGAAGAGCUGAGGUGUGGAAAACCAGUUCAAGUUCCAAUUUAUGAUUUCAAAACACAUCAGAGGAGUUCGGAAAGCUUCCGCCAGGUGAAUGCAUCUGAUGUUAUCAUACUGGAGGGCAUCCUCGUUUUCCAUGAUCAAAGAGUUCGGAACUUGAUGAACAUGAAGAUUUUUGUUGACACUGAUGCUGACGUGAGGCUUGCUCGUAGAAUAAGGCGUGAUACCGUUGAGAGGGGUAGGGACAUAAACUCGGUCCUUGAACAGGCGAGUCUCUCAUUCAUUAUUUAUGCAAAAUUUGUGAAGCCUGCUUUUGAUGAUUUUGUUCUGCCUUCGAAAAAAUAUGCUGAUGUUAUUAUACCCCGUGGAGGUGACAAUCAUGUUGCUAUUGAUUUGAUUGUUCAACACAUCCACACCAAGCUCGGGCAACAUAAUCUUUGUAAAAUAUAUCCAAAUGUGUAUGUUAUACAGUCGACCUUCCAGAUAAGGGGCAUGCAUACCCUGAUUCGAGACCGAGACAUUUCAAAACAUGAUUUUGUAUUUUACUCGGAUCGGCUUAUUCGCCUGGUUGUGGAACAUGGUCUUGGCCAUUUACCCUUCACUGAGAAGCAAAUUGUCACUCCUACUGACUCAUUGUAUACUGGUGUUGAUUUUUGCAAGAAAUUGUGUGGUGUUUCCAUUAUUCGAAGUGGUGAAAGCAUGGAAAAUGCACUACGUGCCUGUUGCAAGGGGAUCAAAAUAGGGAAAAUCUUGAUCCACCGUGAUGGUGACAAUGGGCAGCAGCUUAUAUAUGAAAAGCUUCCCAAUGAUAUCUCUGAACGCCAUGUUCUCCUCCUUGACCCUGUACUUGCAACAGGUAACUCAGCUAACCAGGCGAUUGAGUUACUUAUACGAAAAGGAGUUCCCGAAUCUCACAUUAUAUUCCUAAACCUCAUCUCGGCACCCGAAGGAAUUCAUUGUGUUUGCAAACGCUUCCCGUCAUUGAAAAUCGUGACGUCAGAGAUUGAUGCGGCACUGAAUGAAGAAUUUCGCGUUAUACCGGGUAUGGGAGAAUUUGGAGAUCGUUAUUUUGGCACUGAUGAUUGA